UAGAUUUUUUCAAUUCAUUGAUAAACACUUUUUGUUGCUGCACACUAGUGGAAAAAAAUUUCAGACCUCAUUGGGAGAUUGUUUAUUAAAAUGCCUGUACAAGCUAAAAUUGGUCCAUCAAUAUUGAACGCUGAUCUUGCUGAUUUAGCUGCGGAAUCUCAAAAGUUGUUGGAAAAUGGAGCAGAUUACUUACAUUUAGAUGUGAUGGAUGGUCAUUUUGUGCCGAAUCUAACCUUUGGACACUCUGUUGUAAAGUGCUUGCGUAGUAAAGUUAAAGAAGCCUUUUUCGAGACACAUAUGAUGGUUUCAAAACCACAACAGUGGAUUGAACCAAUGGCGGAUGCUGGUGUUAACUUAUAUACUUUCCAUGUUGAACCUGUUGUUGAUAAUAUUACGGAAAUUUGCCGAAAAAUUAAAGAGUCAGGCAUGAAAGUUGGCUUAGCAAUUAAACCUGGUACUGGGGUGGAAGUACUGCAAAAUUAUCUCGAUUUGGCUGACGUUGCUCUAGUGAUGACAGUUGAACCAGGAUUUGGUGGUCAAUCAUUUAUGGCCGAUAUGAUGCCAAAAGUUGAAUGGCUACGUCAAAACUAUCCCAAUUUGGAUAUUGAAGUUGAUGGCGGUGUAGGUCCAAAAACUAUUGAUUGCUGUGCUAAGGCUGGCGCUAAUAUGAUUGUUUCCGGUACUGCAAUUAUACAGGCUCCCGAUCAAAAAGCUGUAAUUGGUCUCUUGAAAUCAACAGUCCAAAACUAUAAUAAGUGAUUCCUGCCAUUAUUUCAUAUCAUGUUUUUAGUUUAUUUUAUAUAAAGAAAUUAAAUAUGUGGGGUUUUAUAUUUAAAGUAUGGUAAAUUGUUAUUAAGAAUUUAAACGUAGUUGUAAUAGUUGUAAAAAUAAAUACAUUUUUCUAAACAAAAAAAAAAUUGAAAAUAA